AUGAUAACUUCGAAUCUCCUACACGGAAAUUGGGCACAUUUAUUAUCCAAUAUGUUCACACAACUUCUGUAUGGAAUUCCACUCGAACGUAAAUAUGGUUCAAUACGUAUAGUUAUUAUAUACUGGCUUUGUACUUUGAGUGCUAGUCUAGCUUCUACGACGUUACAUACAAUGACACCCGGUAUUGGAGCUUCUGGUGCUCUAUAUGGCGUACUGUUAUUCUACAUUGUGGAACGUCUUAUGGCAAUGAAAACGAACACCGAUCAACGCCGUCGUCUUCAUAUAGUUUUACAAUUGGUUUCUAUAGCACACGCAGAUCAUUUUGGUGGUGGUCUGAUGGGUUUUCUUUUGGGUAUUGGUAUGUUUGGUUGUCCAUGGCCAUGGAAUAAUGAACACUGUAUUUCUCAACGAACGUGUCGACGAGUAGCAAUUGUUUUUGCUUCUCUCUACUUUCUCAUGACUGUAACGAUUUUUUUUGUAAGAGAUAUUCCACCGCCGAAAUAG